AUGUUGUCAAUUUUCGGGUACUGCUCCAUAUCUCUUUCCAUGCAAAGCCGUAUCGACAAACUUGUUGACCUGCUGAGCAUUGGCAAAGUGUUGCUGAGCUGCCAGAAGCCUACGGAAAACAUUAUUGUUGCCUUCCUUUUUCCAUGCUUUCUGUUGGGCGAUCUAACUCUACCCGCACAAAAUGCAGUGAAAGGCAUGCUGCUUUACAUCUUGGCACUGCGACCAGAUAUCGUUCGACGGUACAUGGAGGAUAAAUAUGAAAACUGGGAGAAAUUGAUAUUAUAA